CAACCAGACCACCAGGACUUUUCUUCUUUCUCGAAUCGAAAAUGGACAUAAUGAAAUCCUUCUACGGCCGCUACCAACCCCCCGACAACCACUACUCUACCUCCCCUAACGGUAGCUUCGACGAUGUUGGCUACUUUCCCCAGAUGCACCCCUACAGAAGCGAGCAGGUUUUCGCUACUAGAGACGUCGUGAAGAGUCCCGAAACGUACGACGUCAACACUUUCGACAGUUUUAUUUCCACGACGAGCGACAUCAACGAUAUCAGCUCUUUGUCGGAGGCAGAGAAGUGCUCCUACGGAAACUUCAACUUUUUCAAGCUGAAGAGGGGCCAUUUCAACAGCGACGGGGGCGGAAAAAACACAGUGAUCCUCAAUCAAGACAGGAAGAGCUCGAGGGGUCGUCGAAAAACGGUGGUGAGAGACCGACCGACGUCGCCGAGCGUGAUGAAGAAGCGCCGUCUAGCGGCGAACGCCAGAGAGAGGAGGAGGAUGAACGGCCUCAACGAGGCGUUCGACAGACUUCGAGAGGUGAUUCCCAGCUUAGACGCGGAUCAGAAGCUGAGCAAGUUCGAGACUCUGCAGAUGGCGCAAACGUACAUCUCUGCGCUUCGGGAGUUGCUCGAGAGGGGCGACGCAGGCACGCCGGACAGAUAGUACACGGUGUCGGGAGUGUCCGGA